AAACAAAUAAAUGAAUAAAAUAAUUUUUUGCAUUUUUAAAAUCCAGCAUUAAUAUUUAUUUAUAAAUACACAAUGGAAGCAUAUUACAGAGAUAAACUUUUUGACUUUUAAUUUAUUUUGUACUUUUGUGGUGACAUAAAUGCUGCCUGAAACAGGGUUGAACUGUUUCUUCCUUUUAUUUUCAGUCAGUUUAAGAAACUAAAAUAAAUGUACAUUUACGAGGAGUACUUGAACGCAUCUGCAUCUUUCAGAUUGCGACCAGGGCAGUUAAGAAGAAGCAGAUUACCUCUUCUCUUGACACAAGGCUAUAACUCUGACACAGCAAUUUACUAAGAAGGAAAAUGAUUUGUAAAACUUAAAGACUUCUUUUUUCUUUUUGCAAAGAUUUCUCUUGAAUUGUGUUUUUUUUUUUGAAGCUGUGGAGAUGCAGCAGCAGGAAUUUCUGUUCAAAGUUCUGGUCAUCGGGGACUUGGGCGUUGGAAAAACGUCCAUCAUCAAGCGGUAUGUCCAUCAGAUCUUCUCUCAGCACUACAGAGCCACCAUCGGGGUUGACUUCGUCCUUAAAGUGCUGCAGUGGGACAAUGACAGGGUGGUCCGCCUGCAGCUGUGGGACAUAGCAGGACAGGAGCGGUAUGGGAACAUGACUCGUGUGUACUACAGGGAGGCUGUAGGAGCCCUGGUGGUGUUCGAUGUGACCAGGGCCUCCACGUUUGAUGCCGUGCUGAAGUGGAAGGACGACCUGGAUUCUAAGGUGACUCUGAGCCACGGGAGACCAGUUCCAGCUGUACUCUUAGCCAACAAGUCGGACCAGAUGGCUUCCCAGGUGCCCAAACUGGACUCCUUCUGCAGAGAGAACGGCUUUGUGGGCUGGUUUGGGACCUCUGCAAAGGACAACACAAACAUCGAAGAAGCAGCACGCUGCUUGGUAGAGCACAUUUUGACCAAUGAGGAGAGCCCAGCUGCUGAGCGAGAAUCCGGCUCCCUCAUCCUCUCUGGACACACAAACACCACAAAAAAUCAUUUCAGAUGUUCCUCGUGUGUGAAAUGAUGACUCCAGUUCAUCACAAGGAGGGGAUCCAGAAAAAACACAGGAAAAUCUCAGCCUGAAGAAGACAACACAUUAAUGGGAUGUGCUCAAAAUCUGGUACAAAUAAAAUUUUAAAUUUAAAAUAAA